UUUAAAGUUACUUACUAGGAGUAAACAAUCUUGUUAUCUUGAAUCUGCGCAAUCUACAAAUUGUAAACUACAUUGUCGUCCCCUAUUUUUCAUAACAUUACUAACAAAAAAACAAUUCGCUUUAUCGGUUUAAUAUUUGUUUUUAAUAAAAUAAAAUACAUUGUUUCAUGUAUAAAAUAUGACUGACAACGAUAAACUUAUUUCUUGUCCGGUUUGUAAUAGAUUGUUUGAAAAACAUUCAAUAGAAAACCAUGUAAAUAAGUGUAUUUUUUUAAAUUCUCUAUCGGAAAAUAAUACAAAAAGAGAUGGAUCUCACUUGGAAGAAAAUUCGCAAGUGAAAAAAGUUAAAGUUUUUGGAAGUUUACUGAGUAGCAUUUCAAAAUCUCAGGUUGUUCAAAGUACAACACCAGUUAAACAUCAACUAACUAUUAAAGAACAACCAACCAAAGCUUCAUCAGCUUCAAAUGAUACAAGAAAAAUUCCAUUAGCAGAGACUAUGAGGCCAAACACUCUCGAUGAUAUUGUUGGACAAAUAGACGCAUUUGGAAAAGGCUCCAUGUUGCACUCCAUGCUCAAAAAGAAAAUAAUUCCUAACAUGAUACUAUGGGGUCCACCUGGAUGUGGAAAGACAUCUAUAGCAAAUGUCAUUGCCAAAAUUUGUGCGGAGCAAAGUAAUUUACGAUUUGUGAAAUACUCUGCAACUAUGUCUGGUAUCAAUGAUGUAAAAGAAGCUGUGAAGAUCGCAAAAAACGAAGCUCAAUUCAAAAGACAAACCGUUUUGUUUAUGGAUGAAAUACAUAGAUUCAAUAAAUUGCAACAAGAUACAUUUCUGCCCCAUGUUGAAAAUGGAACGAUUACGCUGAUUGGUGCAACUACAGAGAACCCGUCUUUCAGUUUGAAUAAUGCUCUUUUGAGUCGCUGCAAGAUUGUAGUUCUCAGCAAAUUAACAGUGGAUGAUGUAUGGCAGAUAUUAGAAAGAGCUGUGAUAAGGAAUAAUUUAGCUGUAGUGGUUGACAGUAUAGAAGAUAAGGUUAAUAAUGAAAUUGUUAAGGACAAAUACAUAAUAGAAAGGAAAUCAAUUCGUUGGCUUGCGGAGAUUUGCGAUGGAGACGCGCGCAUUGCACUCGGCGCGUUGGAGCUCGUGCUCGAUGCCGGUCCCUCGUCCUCCGCAACGAGCCAAAGCAACUACAUAAGCUUAGAAGAUUUGAAAAUAGGAAUUAAACGGUCGCACAUUCUCUACGACCGACGAGGCGAAGAGCACUACAACAUAGUGUCGGCGAUCCAUAAGUCGAUCCGAGCCGGCGACGACAACGCCGCGCUGUACUGGACCACGCGCGCGCUGAGCUCCGGGGAGGACCCGCUGUACGUCGCGCGCCGCCUCGUGCGCGCCGCGGCCGAGGACGUCGGCUUAGGCGAUCCAAGUGCGUUAACUGAUGCAGUGGCGUGCUUGCAAGGCUGUCAGCACAUAGGCAUGCCAGAAUGCGACGUUCUGCUUGCUCAGUGCGCGGUGAGACUGGCCAGGGCCGACAAAAGCCCUGAGGUUUAUCAUGCUAUGAAAAAAGUGCAGAGAUCUCUCACCGCAACAAAGGGCCCCUUGCCGUCUGUGCCUUUGCAUCUACGUAAUGCACCUACAAGACUUAUGAAAGAUUUAGGAUAUGGUAGAGGAUAUAACACAAAAGAUCGAGAUCAUUCUGGUAUUUGUUACAUGCCAGAGGGAUUAGAAAAUGUAAAUUUUUUUAAUGAAGCUGAUGAAGAACCUAUGUAAUAAAAAAAAAAAUCUA